CAAAAUCAAACUUAAAAAGUCGAAAAAAUCGUAAAUGAGUUUGGUAAAAUUGUUUUGUAUUUUAUUGUUUGCCAGCGUGGCGGAAUCACAGUGUACGUCUAAGAAGCUCCAACAAAAUGGAAAUUCAUCCGCAGUAGAGCCCCCAAAUGAUUUGAAAGUUGUAUCUAAUUCGGAUUACCAAUUUCUGGUUACCGGUGGUUAUCGGCCUGAGUCUAACAACCUAGUUAAGCACGUGGUAUCCUUGAGAAAAGGCAAGGAAGGAAACUUUGGGGAUAACCACGUGUGCGGAGGUUCCAUAAUAACUAAACGAGCCAUCCUGACUGCAGCGCACUGUGUAUAUGAAUUAAAUCAAAAGAUCAAGGCAUGGAGGCUAAGUGUCGUUGCCGGAACGCCGAAAAGACUGGUCAAAAUCAAUACCACGCAGAUCGUGAGGGUAAAACGCAUAAGAGUACACCCCCGAUUUAAAAAAAGGACCCUUCGUAACGAUUUAGCUAUUUUGAUAAUGGAAAAGGAACUGUCCAUGGGGGACUCCACAGACACCAUUUCUAUAGCCAACAAGAAUCCGGUGGCAGGACUAAAUUGCACCGUCAUUGGCUGGGGAACACUUUUAGAGCGUAGCUUGGACCGCUGCCCGACGAGGUCGUUAAUGGCGACAUGCAAAUCCAACCCAAGAGCUUUUGCGAGAAAAUUGAAGGGUUUAGAGCUCAUGGGAUGAUGUGUGCCUCCAGUUCAGCAAAUUAUGAGGUGGACAGCUGCCAAGGUGACUCAGGUGGUCCGCUGAUCUGCGACGAAAAGGUUUACGGUAUCGUUUCCUUUGGCUUUGGUUGCGGCGAGCCAAACAACGCUGGCAUCUACACUGACGUGUAUCACUACCACGACUGGAUCGAGAAGAACUCUUGUCCCGAGGACGUCAUGUCGUUACCAUUAGUCCUGCUGCUGUUGAUUAUUUACCUACACCUUGGUUUGUAAAGCCUUUUAAUUUUUAUUUUUUCAAUUGACUGUUUUUAAGAAUAUAUAGAUAGGGUUGGA